AACAAAAAUAUGGCGAUUUCGAUAUUUGGGCAAAAAGUAUUUAGGUUUUGAAACACGCCAGAUAUAGUGGGAAAAUAGCUAAAUUGGCAGCACUGAUUCGUAGUCGUAUUCAUUCAGCGUUCAGAGUAGCGAAUCGGAGACGUUCUGCGAUAAAAUAAAACUCGUCUGUCGAUUUAAUAUUUUACUUCAAAUUAAGUAAACAAACACAAACAAUUAUUUUUUUUUAGGUUUUUUUAGCUGUUUAUUUUGGGUAAUCCCGGUUUUUCACUCGAAAGGUCUCUCAGCGGUCGGUUCUGCUUUUCCCAAGUCGAAAAACGGUCUAUUAGAUAUAUUAAAUUAAAUUAAAUAUAAACCAAAUAUUUAAAAACUAAAAAACACUUGUAUUUUGUUUUUUAUUUUUAUGUUCAUUGCCAAUAUUGAUUGACUUUUCUCGGUAAUACGCCGAAAAGCUAAAGCGAAAAGUGACAAUUAUUUCGAGUGCUAACGGUACCGUUUCGUCGAUCUGAAUAAAGCGCGCGCUUCGAAAAUUUGUUUGAAAAUACGAUUGUUUUUUUUCUGUUACACCGAAAAGAGAAUAACUGAAAAUGAAGAAAUUACGAAAAUAAUAACUGAAUGGAUUUUGUUGCAAAAAUUAAACAAAUAAAAUAGCUGCGUGUGCAUUUUAAUCAAAUAAAUACGAAGAGCGGCCGCAAGGAAGGCGAUAAAAAAAGAAAACAAAAGCAACGGUACGCGGCGAAGGUGUGGAGAGAGGCGACAAAAGAUACCGCGAAAAGUCGUAAAGAAAAGAUAUAUAGUACCUAGGAGUAGGAGGAGUAGUAGUCGAUAGCAUCACCACCAUCCGGGGCAGGAACAGGCGCGGCAUCAUCAUGUUGCCGCAGCAGUACUGCCUGAGAUGGAAGUACCAUCAUAGCAACCUACAGACCAUGUUCUCGCAGCUCCUGGAUCGUGGCUGCUUCUGCGAUGUGACUCUGGCCUGCGAGGGUCAACUGAUACGGGCCCAUCGCGUUGUCCUUUGCGCCUGCAGCACCUUCUUCGACGCGGUCCUCUCGAACUAUGCCAGCGAAAGGGAUCCGAUUAUCAUCAUGAAGGAUGUCACCUUUGCGGAGGUCAAGUGCCUGAUUGAGUUCAUGUACAAGGGCGAGAUCAAUGUGGAGCAUGCUAGUCUCCCCUCGCUGCUAAAGACCGCCGAUGACCUGAAGAUCAAGGGCCUGGCCGAGGUAACUUGGCGCGAUGAAGAGGAUGGUCCACCGCCUCCCAUGGCCGCUGCUGAAUUCCAUUCGCCGCCACGCAGUCUGGCGGAGAGCUUUGCCCAGGACCUGAUCCUCCAGCAACAGCAGCAACAGCAGCAACAGCAGCAGCAGCAGGGAGCUUCAUCGCAUCUGCACAGCUCCGCGCUGCUGGAUAGAGAGCGUGAGAGGGAGCGGGACAGGCUCUCAUCACCAGGCAUGGACAGUGUGUUGCUGGGCCGCAUGCCCGUGAUGACACCCCAUCCGGGAGCAGCUGGAGUUGGAGUCGGUGCGAUAGGCGGCGCCGCCGGCGGCAGCUCCGUCUUGGAGGGCACAGCACCCGUGGAGCACUAUCUGGGACCCAAGCGCAAGCGGGGACGUCCGCCACUAGACGAUGCCUACGAUGUGUUCAAUGUCCGCAACAAGCUGGCCCAGUAUGCCGCCAACCUGGAGCCCGCUCAGCGCGCCUAUUUGGAGACGGCUCGCCAUUUCGCCGAGGAGCCGCCAAUGGUGGCCCCGCUCAACUCCCCGCCAGCUGCCUGCCCGCCCAAGCAGCGCCAGCGCCUGCGUCAUCACCAACAGCAGCAGCAACAACAACAACAACAGCAGCAGCAGCUCCUCCAGUCGGAGGCCAAUGAGCAGGAGCCAGGAGUUGGCCAGGAAUGGUCCCAGGCCAAUGAAGAUUCACGUCGCAGUCCCACCACCACCAUGAUCCCCACCGAUGGCAGCGGCGAUAACAAACCGGAACUAGAGGCUACCGGUGAUAGCAAUGAAUUAAAUCCCGAAGUUCUAACCACCAGCAGUGGCAGCGUUAAAAAGCUGGAGAAGAUUAAUGAGCGACGGGAGCGUCAUGGCAAGCUGCGUCAUGCCCGGCGACUCUACGAGAAAUCCUCGUCGUCUUCGGAUGAUCCCGCCCCCGCAGAGACAAAGAAGGAGGAUGCCCUGCCGCAGCCGGUGGAGGAGAUCGAGAAUGAGCAUUUGGUGGCUAAUAGAGGUGAAUCGCCGCGUCUAGCUGCUUCCUUACUACCGGCCAGCCUUGCUGCCUGCAACUAUGAGGCCUCAAGUGGCGAAGGAGCUGGAGCAGGAGCUGGAUCCAGCUCCGGCUCCGGCUCGUCUUCCGCCGGCUACUUGAUCAAUGAACAUGGCAUAAUAAUGGCACACGAGUUUGCCCCCAAUGCUGCUGCGGCUAGUGCAGCUGCGGCCGCCACCGCUGCCGUUGCUGUGGCAGCUGCUGCCGCUGUGGCAGUGGCCGCCAGUGCCUCGGCCGCCAGCUCAUCAUCAACAUCAGCCGGCGGUAGCCAACAGGAGCCUGGCGGUGAUUAUCCGGACAUUAAGUUGGAGGAGUAUGAUGCCGCCGAACUGCGGCUGACGAACGAGGAGCUGUCACAGUGGCAGGAUGUCAUCAAAAUGGACGACUAUCUGGCCAAGGGACGGCGUCCCCAAUUCUGGGAGGAACCCUUUACCAAACGUGUAUUGGAUGCCAUUAAAAACAAAAGACUCGAGAUGAAGAAGGCCGCCCGCAUCCUGGGCGUUUCCUAUGGCACAUUGUACGGACGUUACCGUGAGGUCUACGGCUGCUUGAAGCAUCCAUACAGUGGCACGGCAUUCCGCAACUCUGGCUCCUCGUCCGCUGCCAGCCAGCUGGGUGGAGUCCAGCCUCGCUUCGAUCUAAGCUUCCGCAACGGAGGCGUUCUGCCCGCCCAGCUGGUUCAAACCAAUUCCUACUUACAGAGCUGGGCAAGGUAAAGAAGAAGCUGAACGAGCUUUGGACACGGCCGCAGAUCUGAGGGCCAGCCAUGAUGAGGAGGAGGGUCAAGAAGGAGCAGCGACGCCACCGGCUGACGACCUAGGGAGUUGAGAAAAGACAGCUAAGAGCAGGCUAGUUUAAGAACCUUUCCUGAAGAAAGUACCCAACAUUUUUUUUUUUUUUAUUUUGAUUCGUUUUUCUCUUCCUUCAACUGAUCUUGUACGCGCAUAAGGAUCUUAAAAUAUGCAUAAUAUACUUAUAAUAAUAAUAAUAAUACAACCUAAUAUAUGUCUACGAAUCGCGGAUUAGUUAAAUGAACUACAUAUAUAUAUAAAUAAACAGACCCACAAACGGUAUUGAUUGGCAUUCAAUGUGAAUGAGAUAUUGUAUUUAUAGCUUAUCUAUAUUUCUUUUUGGUAGUGAAAUUUUUGAAUAAAAAAAAUACAAGAAAAACACAAGAACUAUGAAAUAAUGGAAUCUAGUUAAUCGCGAAAACAAAAACACGGAUGAUAAUGUGAAUUUUUUGAUAAGCUAAUGCAAACGAACACAAAUAAUAUGUAUUACAUACAAAACAAAUAUAUAUGUUUAAAACGAAAUAAAUUAAUAUCGAUUAUGAAA